AUGAAUAAAACAAAAGGUUUCUAUGUGACGCAAGUGUUAUGCCUAGCCAAUGGUGCUAUUCCCACAUUCGCAAAGAAACUGGCUUCUGCGGAGGGAUAUGCUUACAGCAUUGGUGACCAGCUCUUGGUCUGGUCAACCUCAGCCACCGGCAAAAAGUCACCCAUGCAAUCGUUUUUCACUAAUCUUCAACUUGAAAACCAAAUUGCUGUCAAAGAUGAGACAAUCGCAACAACGGAUGUGAAAGCCGAUAUCAUUUUUGUGCUCGAUUUAGCGAACUUGAAUGACAACGCCAACUUCAACUUGAUGAUUCAAUACUUCAACGAUUUUACCGCGAAGUUCACAAUUGGGCAAUUCAACGCUCAAUUUGCUGGCAUGUCGUUUGGAAGUCAGAUACAAGAUCAGUUCACGUUGUUGACAUGCGGAAAGAAUCUCACUCUGGGAUGCAUAGAAAAUGAGUUAAGCAAAUGGAAAUCUUCAGCUGCAAACGAUUCUGGUUAUCUUGUACAAGCACUGAAAUCAUUGAACGAUGAUCAACUGAUGUCUGCAAGUGGCUGGAGACAAUCGAAGACUUAUAUUCUGAUAUUUUCAGCUCAAGCACAUCCCACCUGGAACAUGGAUGAGCUAAACGAAGCUUGUCUGCUUCUCCACAACAAAAACGGAUUUAUUUACUAUCUCGACAUGGCAAAUGGAGUUAUGCCAGCUGAUAUGAAGAAAUAUUUUGAUGGAAACUUCUCAAUCAGUGGCCCGAGUCACUUAAAACUUAAUUCAACAGCUGAUCAAGAUUUAGUCCUCGCUGUCACAUCAAGUUACCAUGCCUUCCAAUAUCCAAUACCAAUGAAUUUGUCAAAUGUCAUUGCUGAUUUUGUUUUUAUAGUCGAUCUUUCGGAUCCUGGAAUUUGGACAGAGGUCCAAGCAGUACUCUCAAAUCUUAUCAUUGGAAUGAAUAUCAGCGCCUAUAACUCUCAGAUGUCUUUGAUCACAUAUAAUGAAAAUGGAGUUAUAUCAGACUCGACUUUUGUUUUGAAUCAAUAUCUAAAUGUUUUCCCUCCAACAAGAACAACGUACAUCAUCCAAACACUUGCAUUGAUCCCCGAUACUUCAGUGGUCAACAAAUUUUUUAGCUACAUCACUGACACAUAUACGCUUUUCGUCACUCAACCAACGACCACAAUGGAGACAAAGAUCACCACCACUAGUUACACUUGUCCUGGAUGCAACCCGCCAGCCUCAAGCAUUAUCCUACUGAUAGCAAAGAGCUAUAGCAACCCUUUUUACACAAGCUCAUGGUGGCUCAAUCAAACCGUCUCGAUGAUCACUCAAUUGAGUGAAAACUGGAGUAAUUUUGACCGAAUGUCAAUCCUCUCGUUUGAUAGUGAUGUCUACGUGGAAAAAGGUCUUCACAAUAUGAAUAACUUCUCAGAGUUCUCGAAUGUACUUCGCAAUAUUCAGUCGAACAAUGGAACAUUGGAUUUGGCCAAAGCUUUACAAAUGAUUGAUGAGACUUUUAAACCGUAUGCUGGUAUGCCGCAAAACGUUGUGCUCUUCAUGGGUGAUGGUGUGAAUGACACCAUGGCCAAAGCAAUUCCUUAUGCCCAAAAUCUGAUGGCAAAAGGAACUGUUUUAGCUGUUUCGAUAAAUGGAACUUUAUACACGCAAGUCGCCUCCAACAACUCGGCAAUCUCUUGCUUUACCUACAGUUACAUUCCCACAGCAUAUGGCUGCGCUAUGGAAAUUGAUAGACUUUUGGGUGCUAUUGUGCCGACUACAACAACAACGACAACAACGACAACAACCACACAAUCAACAACGACUACAACUAAGAUUCCUAUGACCUCUGACUAUGAACUUUCUACAGAACCUAAUAUGACAACUCCAAAUGGAACACCCUCAACUGUGACCCCGACUGGAUCGACCACAAGGGGAGGAACUCCAACUGACACCACAUUGAACACCACAACAACGACGACCACAACAACGACGAACACAACAACGACGCCCACAACAACGACGAACACAACAACGACGAACACAACAACGAUGAACACAACAACGACGAACACAACAACGACGACCACAAUAUCGACGACCACAACGGAAGCAACCCCGACUGACACCACAUUGAACACCACAACAACGACUACCACAACGGGAGCAACUUCAACUGACACCACAUUGAACACCACCACAACGGGAGCAACUUCAACUGACACCACAUUGAACACCGCAACAACGACGACCACAACUCCUAACACCGGACCGCCUAUUUCAACAACCACUGACAUGAACACAACAACUUCGGACUCGUUGGCGGGAAGAAAUGUGGACAUCGUUCUCCUCCUUGACACCUCAUCCACCGCUGAGCCGUACUUCGGUGACUACAUCACAUUCGUGAAAACGUUCUUCACGGCGUUCACGGUGAGCCAAGCGAGAACGAGGAUUGGAAUUGUGGCCGUUCCCGGAGAUGAGCUUGCAACGUUCCCCCUUGCUGUACUUGGACAAAUUGGUAAUACGACUCAACUCUUCGCAAUUCUUGACAACAUCAAGAACCACUUCACCGAUUUCUCUGAUCAAGGCCAAUAUGCUGGAAAAGCCCUUGAUUUUGUCCGUCAAUUCUAUAUGUCACCGGGGAAUAGUUACCGACCAGAGAUAAACAACCAUUGGAUCAUCUAUUUGACAUCGGCGGUCAACAUUACCGACUUGGAUGAUGCUAUCACUAAUGCGAACUUCUUAAAGUCUGGCAAGUACUACUCGAUUGCUGGAAUCGCUUAUGGAACUGGAGUUAUGGACAAACUGACGCUUGAGAAAGUUUCACCCGUUCAAUUGUCCAAUGUCAAUCUCCAAUGGCCACAAGAUCGCCCGGAAGAGAUUCUCCCCAGCGACGAUCUAGUCAACUUCGGGUUUUUCUUCGUGCAGAUCACUCAAUAUUUGCGCAAGUCGAACUGCUGGAGCUCGUGUCAAAACUUUCUCACGAUGGAUUCAACUCAAAUCAUCCGCAACAAGCCAUGUCUCUGCAAGCGUGUCAACGACCAAUCAGAUGUCGAUCUCUCCGCUUAUUUCUAUGCAAUGGGAGGUGCCAUGUUGCCCGGCCACCGAAAUUGGACUCGUCAAGAUCAGCAG